GUCUCACAUACCCAUAAGCUUCAUCGCUUUUACAAAGACAUAUAUAUUCUCGACACGGCCGUUAAGCCCGUCGCCAGAAUUCCCGGCAAAAUAAACACGUUUUAAAUGACUAUUUUACCCUUAUCCCGCCUCGUGCCUCUCCUCCUAUUCCUCGCCGCCUCUGUGCCCUUAUCCGUAAUUUCACAGUUCGACGAACGGUCAUUGCUUCUGCGCCUGAAACGCGAGCUCGGAGACCCACCGUCUAUCCGGUCAUGGGAUGACAGAUCCUCGCCGUGUAAUUGGCCGGAGAUUCAUUGCUCCGACGGGAAUGUCACCGGAAUCAGCUUCUAUAAUCUCAACUUUACGGUUCCGGUCCCUGUUUCGAUCUGCGAUUUCCCGAAUCUGAGGUCACUCGAUCUGUCGUACAACUACUUUCCCGGUGAGUUCCCGACGGUUCUGUACAACUGCACCAAGCUUCUGUACUUGGAUCUCUCCCAGAACUUGUUUGAAGGACCGAUUCCCGGCGACAUCGACCGUCUCUCCGGCGAACUCGUGCACCUCGACCUCGCCGCUAAUGGGUUUUCCGGAGAUAUUCCCAAGGCGAUCGGACGGUUGUCCAAGCUCAAGGUUCUCAAUCUGUACCAGAGCGAAUACAACGGUACGUUUCCGACAGAGAUUGGAGACUUGUCGGAGCUCGAGGAGUUGCGCUUGGCGGAUAACGACAAGUUUCUACCGGCGAAGAUUCCGACGGAGUUCAGUAGACUGACGAAGCUGAGGCUUCUUCAGCUGAGGGAUAUGAAUCUGAUCGGAGAAAUCCCGGCGGUUAUUUUUGAGAAUCUGACGGCUCUAGAGCACGUUGAUUUGUCGGUGAACAACUUGUCCGGACGGAUACCGGAUGUGAUAUUCGGGUUGAAGAAUCUGACCUAUUUGUAUCUGUACGCUAAUGAUCUGAUCGGAGAUAUACCCAGAUCGAUUUCAGCGAUGAAUCUAGUGGAAUUCGAUCUUUCUGCGAACAAAUUGAACGGUACGAUUCCAGAAGUUGUCGGAAAUCUGACCAAACUAGAGAUGUUGAACCUCUUCGAGAACGAGCUUACAGGGGGGAUUCCUGUGGGUAUCGGGAAAUUCCCUGGAUUGAAGCUUCUGAAACUCUUCACCAACAAGUUCACAGGAGAAUUGCCGGCAGAUUUGGGGUUUUAUUCGAAACUGGAGAGUUUUGAAGUUUCAGAGAAUCAGUUGACCGGAAAUUUGCCGGAGAAUUUGUGCAGGGGAGGUAAUCUCCUCGGAGUCGUCGUAUACUCCAACAAUCUUACCGGAGAAAUCUCCCUUUCGCUUGGGAAUUGCAGCAGCCUCCGCACGAUUCAGCUUCAGAACAAUCGGUUCUCAGGGGAGAUUCCUUCCGGAAUCUGGACUAGUUCCGACAUGGAAUCGUUGAUGGUGAGCAACAACUCGUUCACCGGAGGGUUGCCGGAGGAAGUUGCGUGGAAUAUGACGAGGAUUGACAUCGAAAACAACAGAUUCUCGGGGGAGAUUCCGAGGAAGAUUGGUUCAUGGUCAAAUCUAGCCGUUUUAAAGGCAAGCAACAAUCUGUUCUCCGGUGAGAUUCCGAAGGAGUUGACAUCACUUUCUAAUCUCUUGAACCUCUUCCUCGACGGGAACCAACUUUCCGGCGAGUUUCCGGCAGAAAUCAUCUCAUGGAAGUCGUUGACGGCUCUUGAUUUAUCCAACAACAAGCUCACCGGAAUAAUUCCAGCGGCUCUCGGGUCAUUGUCAUCCCUUGUCGUUCUUGACCUGUCAGAAAACCAAUUCUCCGGCCAAAUCCCGCCAGAGAUCGGCAAACUGAGGCUCCCAAGCCUCAACCUGUCAUCAAACAGACUUUCAGGGAAAAUUCCAGAGCAGUUUGACAAUCUGGCUUACGAAAACAGCUUCUUAAACAACACAAAUCUUUGCGUGGAAGACCCGGUUCUCAGAUUACCAGAUUGCGACAAUGUGCUUGGAAGCUCAAAAAGGCUGUCCCGAAAAACUCUCGCCAUGAUUCUAGCCAUCGCCAUUCUGGCCUUCGCCAUUGCCCUUCUUGCGACGUUCUUUAUCAUUAGGGAUUACAGCAGGAAACGCCGGAGGAGUGAUCUUGAAACAUGGAAGCUAACUUCCUUUCACAGAUUAGAUUUCUCAGAAUCAGACAUCUUAUCAAACCUCACAGAGAGCAACGUGAUCGGAAGCGGUGGAUCGGGGAAAGUAUACAAGAUCUUCGUCUGUUCCCCAGGCCAAUAUGUUGCAGUGAAGAAGGUAAGGAACAGCGAGAAGCUAGAUGAGAAGCUGGAGAAGGAGUUUGUAGCAGAAGUCGAGAUUCUGGGAACGAUCAGGCACGCAAAUAUAGUGAAGCUCCUGUGUUGUAUAUCCAGCGAGGAUUCGAACCUGCUUGUGUACGAGUACAUGGAGAAUCGAAGUCUGGAUCAAUGGCUACAUGGCAAGAAAAGAUGUGAAGUCAAUUUCUUGGAUUGGCCAAGGAGAUUGCAGGUUGCGGUUGGAGCAGCUCGUGGACUCUGCUACAUGCAUCACGACUGUUCUCCGGCGAUUAUACACAGAGAUGUCAAGUCCAGCAAUAUAUUGCUCGAUUCUGAAUUCAACGCUAAAAUAGCCGAUUUCGGGUUGGCCAAGAUGCUGGUUAAGCAUAAAGACAGAGAACACCAUACUAUGUCUGCCGUUGCAGGAUCCUUUGGUUACAUUGCUCCAGAAUAUGCAUAUACAUCGAAGGUGAAUGAGAAGAUCGAUGUGUACAGCUUCGGAGUAGUGUUGCUAGAACUUGUGACAGGAAGAGAAGGAAACAAUGGAGAUGAACACACGAACUUGGCAGAUUGGUCGUGGAGACAUUACCAAACAGGGAAUCCGAUCCAAGAAGCGUUUGAUCGAGAUAUCAGACAGGACUCGUCCUCCUAUGCAGAGGAGAUGAAAAGGGUGUUCAAGCUAGGGCUGAUGUGUACAAGCGCAUUACCAAAUCACAGACCAUCCAUGAAGGAGGUCCUUCAUGUUCUGGAGCAAGGGCAUGGCUCGAAAGAGCCAGAGAACGAGGCUCAGGAGACACCUCUCCUCGUCAGCCUGUCUGGUCGGAGAGGAAGAAACAGAUUUGAAACUGAAGAUUGCUUUAACUCACCUGUCUAAUUAAUGUAUUAUGUAUUAUAUAUAUAUAUAUGUUUUGUCUGUGUAUUAAUGAAUAAUCUUAUUAUUAUUAUUGUUAUUAUUUA